AUGUUCAAAACAUUCGUUAAGGCUCUGGCGUUUGUAUCUACGCUGUUAGCUGUAUCGUUGAAUAUUUAUAUUUUCACAUAUCCAUCACUGAACCCCAAGCAAUGUUCUUGGAAAUGCCAGAAGACGGAUUUUAUUCCCGAGUUGCAAGGCUUAUCGACAUGGGACAGAGCAAUACUCUAUGCAACUCGGUAUUUCAGAGAUAUUUAUGAUACUAUUGGUGGCCAAAGAUUGUUUGAUGAGUCGUAUAAUGACAGUGAUGUUCGUGAUGUUCGUUUGCUAGCUUUGGGGGAUCCUCAAAUAAAAGGCAAUUGGCCUUCUACACCGUAUAUUAAGCGGUUAGAUACGUACGGCAAUGAUUACUACUUAGGCCAUAUUUUCCGUAUGAUGAACAGGAGAUUGAAGCCUACACAUGUUGCAGUGAUGGGUGACAUAUUUUCAUCCCAAUGGAUUUCAGAUUCAGAAUUCUUCAAUAGAACAAUGAGAUUUACACACAGAGUGCUAGGUCGUGAUACCGAAGAACUAGAGGAAAUUCAAAAGAAGAACAAUGACUCGGGAUUAUACCAAGUUGACUGGCAUGAGCAUGGUAGACUUUUUAAAAAUCGCAGUAAUGAGAAACCGAUGGCCUUUAACUGGCACUACCAGGACGCGUGGGCUUGGACUGAUGAAGACGAAUAUUUAUUGAUUAAUAUCACAGGAAACCAUGACGUGGGAUAUUCUGGGGACGCUACGUACCAGCAUAUGGCCAGAUUUACACAAUUGUUUGGUCAGGACAGCUAUUGGAUCGAAUAUGACAGAGACACAGAUCAUCCAUGGAGAAUUGUUGUACUAAAUGACCUACUAUUAGAAGGCCCUGCCUUACAACCUGAAUUUGUGAAUGCCACCUGGGAGUUCUUGUAUCAGCUAUUUGAAAGGAAAUUCGAAGGUAGUACUGUCCUACUAACGCACGUUCCUCUAUAUAAGGAAGAAGGUAUCUGUGUUGAUGGACCUGAGUUUAAAUAUUACCCAGAUGGAUACGAAAGGGAGCCUUACAAAGCCGGCUUACUUAAAUCACAGAAUCAUCUAAGCGAAGACGUUACAAAACGUGUUCUAAAUCUCGUUUUCCACAAUAACAAGCCAGGAGUCAUUCUCACUGGUCAUGACCACGAGGGUUGUGAAACAAUAUACAAAAAAAACAUGAGCAGUGGUAUCUGGACUACCUCAAAGACAGUAACUUCCGAUAUCUUCCUUCAAGAAAUCACCGUCCGCUCCAUGAUGGGUGAGUAUGGUGGGAAUACCGGUCUCCUCACCGGACAUUUCAACUCGAAGUCCAAAAACUGGACCUGGUCUUACAGUCUAUGUCCCUUCUCAGUACAACACCUGUGGUGGGCUACCAAGGUAUCCACGAUAUUAGCAGGAUCCCUGCUUUCUUUGCUACUAGUAUUAUAA